GCUGAGUGUAAACACAGUUUUUGACUUGAAUAUAUCCUCUUUUUCUGCACUGAAUUAUUUUACAAUCUAUACAUACAUCUUCUUCCCUGUAUCUAUAUAUUCGCACACUUGUUACCCAAUACUCUCCCCUGUUUUCAUUUCUGCGCCCCAGGUUUUAUCAGUUCUAGGUUUUGAUCGGAAUUGAAUGCUCGUGUGAUGAGAUUGUGGUGGUGCUAUGGCUGAUGAUAAGCGUUGUUUAGCUCCCAAUCUUGCGCUAGACUUGCAGCAGAUUCUGGAAGAAGCAAAGCACAGGUGGCUGCGCCCUACUGAAAUAUGUGAAAUUCUGCAGAAUUAUAAGAAAUUUCACAUAACACAAAAUCCACCUGUGAAACCAGCAGCUGGCUCUUUGUUUCUAUUUGAUCGGAAAGUUCUCAGAUACUUCCGUAGAGAUGGUCAUCGCUGGAGGAAGAAAAAAGACGGGAAGACAGUUAAAGAAGCUCAUGAAAAACUUAAGACAGGCAGCGUGGAUGUUCUUCAUUGCUAUUAUGCCCAUGGAGAGGAUAAUGACAACUUUCAGCGAAGAAGCUAUUGGUUGCUUGAUAAGCAGUUGCAGAACAUUGUCCUUGUCCAUUACAGAGAAGUAAAAGAGGGGCAUAAAUUGGGUAUGCACCAAUCAAAAACUGUACAUUCAGAACCACUUCAAAGCCCUCAGACUAAUUCAACUUGUAUUGAACAAGCUUACUCUCCAGAAACCAUGUCUGGAAAAUCCCAUGCAUCUUAUUCUUAUCCAAGUGCAGUUGAUUGGGGCCAGUCAAUUUCUUCAGAACUCGAGGGAAGUGUUGGUCUAGCAGAUCCUGAAAUUUCUUCUCUGGUACAGUUAUUCCAGCUCCCACCUUCUGAUCCUUCUUCUCAUUCAGAUAUUGGUGCUGGUUUGCUUGGAUCUAGUUUUGGUGGUGGCUUGGGCUCAUCUCUAUGGCCCGAGGGACAUGAAAGCAAAAGCAUACUUUGUCCACCUGAGCAAAAACUUGAUUAUGACCAUGUUAAUACAGCUGAUAUCUUAUCUCACAAACUAAUAGACACCAGGUUGGAUGGUAAUUAUAUAGCUCCAAAUUUUGCAAGCAUGGGAGAUGAUUUACUUCCUAAUUACCGAAAUGGUCAGUUGGAGAAUUCUUCAGGCUCAAGGGCAGAAGUCAAUUAUAGUGCUGAAGUUGAAAGAUGUGGUCAAUUAGGUGAACCUAGCAAUGAAGGCAGUGAGCUUAAAAAAGUUGAUAGUUUUGGGAGAUGGAUGGAUAAUGAAAUUGGCAAAGAUUGUGACGAUUGCAUCAUGACCUCUGGAUCUGACGGAUACUGGAAUACACUUAAUAUCAAGCGUGGUGAUAAGGAAGUGCCCAAUCUCGCUCUUCCGACACAAUGGAAUACAGAUUAUCUAGAUCCUUCUCUUUCUCAGCAACAGCUAUUUAGCAUCCUUGAUUUUGCUCCAGAUUGGGCUGAUUCAAAAACGAAUACAACGGUUUUGGUUGUAGGUUCUUUCAUGGGGGAAGCCAAACAUUUUAGUGAUUUGAAGUGGUGCUGUAUGUUUGGUGAAAUUGAAGUGGAUGCAGAAGCUUUGAGUGAGAACGUGUUACGAUGCCAAACUCCUUCACAUACUCCUGGUGUUGUUCCCUUCAAAAUUACUUGCAGUAAUAGGUUGGCUUGUAGUGAGGUGCGGGAGUUUGAAUUUCGCAGAAGUACAUCUACGAAUUCAUGUUUAAUGGCUGACAAAAAAGCAUCACAAGAUGAACUCAGGGUUCUCACUCGACUGAUAAAGUUGUUAUCUUCAGGUGUAAAUGACAAAAAUUCUUACUGCACUGUAGAAGAAUGUGAUGGAUGCAAGGUGAUGAAUGUUAUACACGCCAUUAACACUGAUGACAUGAAUAAUCUGGGAAGCUUUGAUAAGACCCUUACAGCCUCUCAAGGAAAUUCUAAUGAUGUUUUAUUUAGAGUUUUGCUCAAGGACAAACUAUAUGACUGGCUGGCAUGCCAAACACAUAACCUGGGUAAAGGACUGAAUAUUUUGGAUGAUGAAGGACAAGGGGUUAUUCAUUUGGCUGCUGCUCUUGGUUUUGAGUGGGCCAUUGGCCCCAUAAUUGCUGCUGGAAUCAGUCCCAAUUUCAGAGAUGCUAAAGGCAAGACAGCGCUCCACUGGGCUUCGUAUUAUGGAAGAGAGGAUACUGUCAUUGUUCUUGUUAAGUUGGGUGCCUCUGCUGGUUCAGUUGACGAUCCAACUCCUGAAUUUCCUGGAGGGCAGAAAGCUGCUGAUUUGGCAUCAAGCAGAGGCCAUAAAGGGAUUGCUGGCUUUUUGGCGGAAACAGAUUUAGUUAGUCAUCUUUCUUUGUUAACUUUCAACGGAAGUAUGCCAAAUAAUGCUACUGCAGGAGUCAAGUUAGACAAUACAGUGGAAAAUGCAGUAAUGUAUGGUUUUCCACCAGAUGAAGUACCAAAAGAGGAAAUUUCAUUGAGAAAAUCUCUUUCUGCUGUAAGGAAUUCCGCACAUGCAGCUUCCCUCAUUCAGGAUGCAUUUAGGGUUCGUUCAUUCCGUCAUAAAGAAAUGCCUAAAAGCAACAGUGAUCUAUCUGAUAAUCCACUUGAUCUUGUUGCUCUUGGUUGUUUGAGCAAGGUUCGGAAUAUGCAUGACUUUGAUGACUACUUGCACUCUGUAGCUGCAAUAAAGAUCCAGCAGAAAUACCGCGGCUGGAAAGGCAGAAAAGAGUUCUUGAAGAUACGGAAACGUAUUGUUAACAUUCAGGCUCAUGUGAGGGGACAUCAAGUGCGUAAGCAUUAUAAAAAGGUUGUAUGGUCUGCCAGUAUUCUUGAGAAGAUAAUUCUACGUUGGAGGCGAAAAAGGUGUGGCCUGCGUGGAUAUCGGUUGACAAAAGCAGCUGAAGCUCCAGAACCUGACCUUGAGAAGGACAAUGAGUAUGAUUUUAUGCGAAUUGGUCGAAAACAGAAGGCCGAAGGUGUUGAGCUGGCUCUUGCAAGAGUCCAGUCAAUGGCUCGUAACCCUGAAGCUCGAGACCAGUACCUGAGGCUGGUUAGGAAACUUGAAAAGGACAAGGAGGAGAGUGCUCAGUACAGGUAAAUAGAUACAGGAGUAAAGUAGGUACACCUUGUACUUGAGCUAACAAUGAUUAGUGACAACAACUUCAGAGUUUCAAUAUUCUUAGGUCUGGCAGCCAGCAGUGGCACUUACAGCGAAAAUGCUUUAUUAUUCUUUUGUGAAUAUUCUUAUAUUUUCUGCACUUAGGAAGACUGUGAAUAUAAAGACUGUGAAUAUAACUAACUUGUUGCCUGUGUUUUCAGUAAUCUUUUAUGAAUGUAGGGAUGGAUUACAUGCCUAUCGUUUUUAAUUGUAAACUGUAAUACUCUUUAGUAGAGAUCAAAGCAUUAAUAUAGAAAGAAAUGGAACUUCUAGCAGUGGCCUUCACAAA